AUGCCUUACCCGGACCAGUUUGAAGGUUACAUGAUCAACGAGCUGGGCAAGUACCAGGACUUCAAGAAGCAGAGCUUCAAGCCCAAGAAGUUCGGCGACAAUGACAUUGACAUCAAGAUAGAAUGCUGCGGCGUGUGCGGCUCCGACGUUCACACCAUCACCGGCGGCUGGGGAGACGCUCCCACGCCCGUCUGCGUUGGUCACGAGGUUGUCGGCAAGGCAGUCAAGGUCGGCUCCAAGGUCAAGGAUGUCAAGGAGGGCGACCGCGUCGGAGUCGGUGCCCAGGUCUGGGCAUGCCUCAAGUGUCCGCAGUGCAAGAGCGACAACGAGAACUAUUGCCCGCACAUGGUUGACACCUACGGCGCCCCCUAUCCCAAGGAGGUCGACCCGGACGAGACCAUCAGUCAAGGCGGGUACGCCUCACACAUCCGCGCGCACGAGUACUUCGUGUUCCCAAUCCCGGACGCGAUCCCCUCGCACUUGGCCGCGCCCAUGCUCUGCGCCGGACUCACAACCUAUUCGCCACUCGUGCGCGCAGGUGUCAAGUCCGGCUCACAAGUCGCCAUCGUCGGACUCGGCGGGCUGGGCCACUUUGCCGUCAUGUGGGCAAACGCUCUGGGUGCCGAGGUGACGGUGAUCUCGCAUUCGCCAGGCAAGAAGGACGACGCGCUCAAGCUGGGCGCUAAGCACUUCGUCAGCAGCGGCGACGAGAACUGGGCCAAGCCGCUGGCCUUCAAGUUCGACUUCGUGCUCAACAGCGCCGACAUGACCAACGAGUUCAACCUGUCCAACUACCUGUCCAUCCUCAAGGUCGGCUGCCGGUUCCAUCAGGUCGGCCUGCCCGACCAGCCCAUCCCGAACCUCCAGCCCCAGCAGUUCAUGGCCAACGGCUCCAGCAUUGGCGCCAGCCACAUCGGCAACCGGCCCGAGUGCCUGGCCAUGCUCAAGCUGGCCGCCGAGAAGAAACUCUUCCCUAUGGUCGAGACGCUGCCUGUGGGCGAGAAGGGAUGCGCCGAGGCCGUCGAGCGCGUCAAGAACAACAAGGUGCACUACCGCUUCACGCUGGUCGACUACGACAAGGCUUUCGGCUCGUAG